AUGGUAGAGAUUGCGGUUAUAUCUGUCGUACAGAUAAUGAAGAAUAAUUAUUCUUCCAGUGAUGAAAAUAGUAGUUCUGAUGAAGAAUACGAGAUUCUCUUACGUGAUAAAAAAAAACGGGUUAAACGUCCUCGCAUAGAGAAUUAUUUACAGACUGUCUCGCGCUAUAUGGAUUACGAAUUCAAAAGUCAUUUUAGAUCCAUUUGUGAUCGAUUUAACGUUGGUAGAGCUACAGCACUGAGAGCUGUGAGAAGAGUUACACGAGCUCUAUUUACAAUAGCUCCUCAAUUUAUAUCUUGGCCUUCAAAUGAAGAUGCACAAAUUAUAAUGCACAAGUUUGAAGAAGCCAGUGGAUUUCCAAAUACAAUUGGUGCCAUAGACGGCACUCACAUUAGAAUCGAAGCACCCAAAGAAAACGCAGUAGACUACAUAAACAGGAAAGGAUAUCAUUCCAUCCAGUUGCAAGCGGUGUGCGAUCACAGGGCCUUAAUCACUCAUUGUUAUAUUGGCCAUCCAGGAUCUGUUCAUGAUCAAAGAAUCUUCAGGCAGUCAGAAGUAGCCACAUUCUUAAAUAUUGAAGAAAAAUUUCCCAAUAACAGUCAUUUGAUAGGAGAUGCUGCUUAUGAAUUACACGAACAUCUCUUAGUACCAUUUAAAGAUAAUGGACAUUUAAGUGAUGUGCAGAAACAUUACAAUUUCCGACAUUCCUCUGCAAGGACAAAGAUCGAACAAUGUUUUGCGUUGUUAAAAGGAAGAUUGAGGAGUUUGAUGCAUUGUUUGCCCAUGGUUAGAGUGGACCUAAUGCCUGAAUAUACAGGGUGUCAAUUAUUAGUCAAUGUUACGAAUCAAACGUUACCCAAGGAAGUUCAAAGAAUGGGAGUGAACGUGGUAGAGAUUAUCUAUGAGAGUAAGCGUAAUAAUAGAUUAGAAUCAAAUUCACUGGAUUCAACCACACCGACGAGUGUUAUGGAGAAGUUGGAUCAAAUAAAUAAAUAA